AGAACAGGACUGCUCCGCGCCCUGGCUGUUUAGCAGGCUGUCUCUAUGGCUACCGGAAUAAACAGCAGAUAAUAGCGCAGCAGCCUCCAAGCAGCACUGCAGUCUGCAGACCAGGAGGGAGCAGGGCUUCUCCGGGUAGCCUGCCACAGCUCAGCAGAGGCACUUCGGGCGGUCAGCAUGGCUGGAAGCACUGACGUGGCAGCGCUGGAAGAGAGCUUCCGGAAGUUUGCAAUCUAUGGAGACACCAAAGCUACAGGGCAAGAAAUGACUGGGAAAAACUGGGCCAAACUGUGCAAGGAGUGUAAAGUAAUGGACGGCAAAGGGGUCACCGGCACAGACGUGGACAUCGUCUUCUCCAAAGUGAAAGGGAAGACAGCCAGAGUCAUUGGUUACGAGGAAUUCAAAAAGGCCCUAGAGGAGCUGGCCCCAAAGAGGUUUAAAGGCAAGAGCAAGGAGGAAGCAUACGAAUCCAUCUGCCAGCUGGUGGCAGGGAAGGAACCGACCAACGUAGGCGUCACUAAAGCCACAACUGGCGGGGCGGUGGACAGGCUGACGGACACCACCAAGUACACGGGCUCGCACAAGGAGCGCUUCGAUGAGAGUGGCAAGGGCAAAGGGAAGAGCGGGCGGGAGAACAUCGUAGACACCAGCGGCUAUGUGGGGGCCUACAAGAAUGCCGGCACCUACGACGCAAAAGUGAAGAAAUAGGGACAACUGGAAGUGCCACUGACCCUCCCAGGUCCAGGCACCCCACAGCCUCUGGGCCUUCAAUCACAUCAGCCUUGGGAACUGGCCUUAAUGGCACAGGCCUCCUGAGACUAGCUCCUAGCCACGGAGCCAAGGCUGAUAGGCCUCUUGUCACCAAGGGCUGAUGUGAUUAGAAACUGACCUGGCCUUGCACUUUGCUCCCAACAUUACAUCAGCUCCAGAUGUAUUGUGAGCCGUGUCCCUCCUGCUAGCGCUAACGAAACUUUCUCCCCCGUGCGCCCUCAGGGCACCACGCCCCUCCUGCUAGCACUAACGAAACCUUCUCCCCCGUGCGCCCCCAGGGCACCACGCCCCUCCUGCUAGUGUCAACCAGACCUUCUCCCCGUGCGCUCUUAGGGCACCAUGCCCCUCCUACUAGCACUAACGAGACCUUCUCCCCCGUGCGCCCCCAGGGCACCACGCUCCUCCUGCUAGCACUAAUCCUAUCCUAUCUCAUAGAACUGGAAGGGACCUUGAAAGGUCAUCAAGUCCCGCCCUCUGCCUUCACUAGCAGGACUAA